AAUCAACCUUCAGUAAUUCUCCUUCUUCAUACCCCAUCCUUUGCCAUGCAAAACAUGAAACCUCACGCUGCUCUACUCACGAACCCUGGCAUGGGACAUCUCAUCCCUGUCCUUGAGCUUGAUAAACGCAUGGUCACCCUUCAUGGAUUUCAUGCCACAGUCUUUGUUGUUGCCAAUACCGGCGAUCAUGCCUCAACCACACUUGUCAACUCACCAACUCCUGAUAAUCUUGGCAUUGUCUCACUCCCACCGGUGGAUACCGACGCAGCAAUACCAACCAAACUAGUUGUGAUUGUGCGCCAGUCCCUACCAUUCCUCCGCACCGCAAUCUCUUCCAUGAAGCAUUCUCCCUUUGAUGGUCAGCUGGUGAACGGAAAUGUUAAGGCCCAGAAACCUCUGAAAAUUCCCUGUUGCAAGUUGCUUAGAUUGGACGACACACUUAGUCUCUUUCUUGACCAGAGUGAUCCCAGUUUCAAAGGAUUCAUAAGACUUGGGAUUGUGUGUUCAAAGGCUGAUGGGAUCCUGGUGAACUCCUGGGAGGAUCUUGAACACUCAACAUUUCAAGCACUCAAGGAUGCGGCUAUCUUGGGCCAGGUUUCCAAGGCUUCUGUUUAUCCAAUCCGCAAGUUGGCUAGACGAUCAGGGCCUCAAGUUUUGGACCAGAAACUAAUGGACUGGCUAGACAAACAGCCCACAGACUCAGUGAUAUACGUGUCGUUUGGGAGUGGAGGAACUCUUUCGGCCCAACAGAUCACUGAGUUGGCUUGGGGUUUGGUGCUGAGCCAGCAAAGGUUUAUAUGGGUGGUUCGUCCUCCUGCGGACAACGAUGCACACGGGUCCUAUUUCACGCUCGAGCAAGGUUCGGGUACUGACCCGGACUUCUUACCUGAUGAGUUUUUAUCCCGAACCCGUGAUGUUGGAUUGGUGGUCCCAAUGUGGGCUCCCCAAGCGGACAUCUUGAGCCAUACUUCCGUGGGUGGGUUUUUGUCACACUGUGGAUGGAAUUCGAGUUUGGAGAGCUUAACAAAUGGUGUGCCAAUGAUUGCCUGGCCGCUUUGCGCCGAGCAGAGGAUGAAUGCCACCAUGUUGAUGGAGGAGGUGGGGGUGGCUAUUGGACUGAAACAGUCAGCUAGAGAGGAUGGUGUUGUGGGGAGGGAGGUGAUAGGGGAGAGUGUGAGGAAGAGGGGCGGGCAUUGAGGAAAAGGGUGAGGGAAUUGAAAAGGAAAUAUGAAGGGCCUACUAGUCUUUGAGCUUAAUAUUUGGCCCUAGAGUACCCCAAUAAUAAUAAUAAUAAUAAUAAUAAUGAUUGAUUUAGACUAAUACAUAGAAAUUAGGAAACAGUCACGAAACUGUAAAGCCUUCAAUGCCAUUAUUGGUUUCUUAUAAGGUUGUUUAUCAGGAAAAGAAAGAUUUUAUUAGUAA